GAGAAAGGUCUGAUCCGGGCUGGUUGGAGCUGCAGGACUCUGAGGACAGACUCACCGAGACUUCAACGGACCAGACCGGGUUUUACACCGGGUUUAGGACCGGGAUCAGACAGGACUGUGCCCUGGUGUCCAUAACAGGAUGACAGCCCUCCCCUAAACUUAACGUCAGUAUGACAUCAUCAGACCCCGCCCCCUCCUCCCUUCAUGUCCAUCAUCCUUAUCUCCAGCCUCCCUUAUUCAGGACUGGACAGCACUUCUGUCAGUCCUCACUCUGGCCCCGCCUCCUCCUCUCUCUAUGGAUGUGGAUUGGCUCACAUGUGGUCCAGGUGAGUGCCUCCCAUCAGCACUUCCACCCCCACUCCAUCAAGAUCCCCGGUGACAUCACUCUGGGGGGGCUGUUCCCCAUCCACGCCCGCGGCCCUCACGGUCUGCCAUGUGGCGAGCUGAAGAAGGAGAAGGGGAUCCACCGCAUGGAGGCCAUGUUGUAUGCUUUGGAUCAGAUCAACAGCGACCCUUACAUCCUGCCAAACAUUACACUGGGCGCUCGCAUCCUGGACACGUGCUCCAGAGACACCUACGCCCUGGAGCAGUCGCUCACCUUCGUCCAGGCGCUCAUCCAGAAAGAUACGUCUGACAUCCGCUGCUCCAACGGAGAGCCGCCACUCAUCCGCAAACCUGAGAGGGUGGUGGGCGUGAUCGGGGCGUCGGCCAGCUCCGUGUCCAUCAUGGUGGCCAACAUCCUGAGACUGUUUGAGAUCCCUCAGGUGAGCUACGCCUCCACGGCUCCAGAGCUCAGUGAUAAUAAUCGCUACGACUUCUUCUCGCGGGUGGUUCCUCCGGACUCGUACCAGGCUCAAACCAUGCUGGACAUUGUGAAAGCUCUGGGAUGGAACUACGUGUCCACGCUGGCGUCAGAGGGAAACUAUGGCGAGAGCGGAGUCGACGCCUUCAUGCAGAUCUCCAGAGAGGCCGGUGGCGUGUGUAUCGCUCAGUCGGUGAAGAUUCCUCGAGAGCCAACAGCUGGAGAGUUUGAUAAAAUCAUAAAGCGUCUGAUGGAGACGAGUAACGCUCGGGGAGUGAUCAUCUUCGCCAACGAGGACGACAUCAAGCGUGUCCUCGAGGCUGCCAAGCGUGCUAACCUGACAGGGCACUUCCUGUUUGUGGGGUCAGACAGCUGGGGAGCCAAGAGUUCGCCAAUCACAGAGCUGGAAGACGUGGCCGAGGGCGCCGUCACCAUCCUGCCCAAACGAGCGUCAAUAGAUGGAUUCGAUCAGUACUUCACCUCUCGCUCUCUGGAGAACAACCGCAGGAACAUCUGGUUCAAUGAGUUCUGGGAGGACGACUUCAGGUGUAAACUGACCCGGCCUGGGAUCAAACUGGACCCUGAGAAGAAGAAGUGCACAGGGAAGGAGAGGAUUGGCAGGGACUCGCCGUACGAGCAGGAGGGGAAGGUUCAGUUUGUGAUCGACGCGGUGUACGCCGUGGCGUUUGCUCUGCACAGCAUGUGGCAGGAUCUGUGUCCGGGCAGCAGCAGAGUCUGCGGCAAGAUGGACCCUGUUGAGGGACGGCUGCUGCUCGAGUACAUCCGGGGCGUCAAGUUCAAUGGAAGUGCAGGUACUACGGUUAUGUUCAAUGAGAAUGGAGACGCUCCGGGUCGUUACGACAUCUUUCAGUUCCAGAUGACCAAUCACAGCCAUCCUGGUUACCAUGUGAUCGGCCAGUGGGCCAAUAACCUGAGACUCAAUCUGGAGGAGAUGCAGUGGUCCGGAGGAGAUAAAUCCGUCCCACAGUCAGUCUGCAGUUUUCCCUGUAAACCAGGAGAGAGGAAGAAGAUGGUGAAGGGCGUCCCCUGCUGCUGGCACUGCGAGCUCUGUGAUGGGUACCAGUACCAGUUUGAUGAGUUUACCUGUGAGACCUGUCCAUCAGACAUGCGCCCUGCCCCGAACAGGACUACCUGUCGUCCCACUCCAAUCAUCAAACUGGAGUGGAAUUCCCCCUGGGCUCUAGUGCCGGCCUCUCUGGCCAUGCUGGGUAUCCUAGCAACCAGCGCCGUGGUGUUCACCUUCAUUCGCUUCAAUGACACGCCCAUUGUCAGGGCGUCAGGGAGGGAGCUCAGCUACGUACUUCUAACAGGUAUCUUCCUGAUCUACCUGAUCACCUUCCUGAUGAUUGCUGAGCCAGGCGUGUUUGUGUGUGCGUUACGGCGCCUCCUGCUGGGCCUCGGCAUGGCAAUCACCUACUCAGCCAUGUUGACUAAAACCAACAGGAUCUACCGGAUCUUUGAACAGGGCAAGAGGUCUGUGACUCCUCCCAAAUUUAUCAGCCCCACCUCCCAGCUCAUCAUCACCUUCAUCCUCAUCUCCGUCCAGGUUCUUGGUGUGUUCGUGUGGUUUGCCGUCAUCCCUCCACACACCAUUAUUGACUACGACGAGCUCCGCCCCCCCAACCCUGACCUGGCUCGAGGCAUCCUGAAGUGUGACAUGUCAGACCUGUCAAUCAUCUGCUGCCUGGCCUACAGCAUCGUCCUCAUGGUAACAUGUACUGUGUACGCAGUGAAGAGUCGCGGUGUUCCAGAGACGUUCAAUGAAGCCAAACCAAUCGGGUUCACCAUGUACACCACCUGCAUCAUCUGGCUCGCCUUUGUACCCAUCUUUUUUGGUACAGCCCAGUCUACUGAGAAGAUGUUUAUCCAGACGGCCACUCUGACAGUCUCGAUGUCGCUCAGCGCCUUCGUCUCCCUCGGGAUGCUCUACAUGCCGAAGGUUUACGUCAUUGUCUUCCACCCUGAACAGAACGUCCAGAAGAGGAAGAAGAGCUUCAAGGCUGUCGUUCAGGCUGCUAAAUCACUGAACGAGAAACUGAAUGGAGACACGAAGAUUGAACCGGACAGGUCACAGUAAAAACUCUUCAGGAUCAGUCAUGAGGAAAUGUCACUCGGCCAUGUUCCUGAUGUCGAAAUCCAAGCAUGUUGCUGCAGACGAUCAACUCUUUCCUCCAGAAGACCAAGGGGAUCUAUGAUAACAUGUUGGUCUAGAUAUGCAACACCUUACUAAAGUUGAUCAAAAUGUUGCUACAGAUGAUCAACAAGAUGUUCCAGAUGAGCAACAAGUGGACCUACAUGAAAACGCAUCGCUCCCGAUGAGCCGUUCUCUGCUGUAGAUUAACAUGUUGCUCCAGAUGAUGAACAAGUUGCUCCAGAUGACCAAUUUUUUUUCCAGAUGACCAACAUGUUGCUCUGGAUUGUGAAAAUGUUGCCUAAGAUUAUCAACAACUUGCUGUAGACAUUCAGUAAGUUUCUCUGCGAGUUUCUCUACAUAUUAAACACUCCUCCAGAUUAGCAAUACCUCUCUAUAGAUUACUGACAUGUCGCUCCAGAUGUUCAACACAUUGCUUUAGAUGAUCAACUGACUGCUAACGAAGAUCAUGUUUCAAGCUAAGCUCAUUGUCAUGCUGCUCCACAUUGCAUUAGAUGAUCCAAUGUUGCUUCAGAUGCUCUCAACAAUAAACAAGCUGUUCCACAUAAUCAACAACUUCUUCCAAAGGAUCAAAAAGUUGCUCUAGAUGAUAAACAUGUUCCCUGAAAUUAUCCCCAUGUUCCUCAUGUUCUCCAGAUGAUCCACAGGUUGUUCUAGAUCAGUGGUUUUCAAAGUGUGAGGCGGGCCUCCCCUAAGAAGAACUGAUUUAUCCGAUGGACCCCCACCCACAAAAAUGAUUGAAAUUGAAAAAACAAUUAAACAACAACAUUUCAA